AUGCCCAAGCAGGACGUUGUCCAUAUUCACCCUCUCGGUUGGGAAAAUGAUCCUGAGGAGGAGCGUUUCAAACUGUCAACCCUCGACUAUUUGACCGCUUGUACCUACAACAACUAUGCCCUCUUCUUUCGGGUGGAUGAUGCAGACAAGGCACGAGUCGCUGAUGUGUUGAAGACUGGUCUUGAGCGUACCCUGAGCCAAGUUCGGCACAUCUGCGGUACCAUCGAGAAAGACCCUUCCGGUGGCCACUCGUUUGUCAAGAAGAAAGAUAGCACUGUACAAUUUGUGGUCCAAUGGCUGGAUUCACCAGAAGACAGUGACGAAUACCCAUCCUUUGACGAGAUCGCCAAGGGCAAUUUCUGCACUUCGGAACUAGGUGAUCUCAAACGCUGGAGUGUCCCUCCGAUGACAUACGGCGAAAAGCCCGAGGCACACCCUGAUGUUAGCCCGGUGGUUGCAGCUUAUAAGGUUAACUUCAUUCGGGGUGGACUGGUCUUCAUUAUGCAUCAUCAUCACUACUCUAACGAUGUUAUGGGCUGGGCCGGGCUCGUCCACCAGCUAGCCGAAAACUGUUAUGCAACUGUUAACCAUACACCCUUCCCCCAAUGGGACCCUGCAUGCCUGGAUCUAUCACGUCUUACAAAGCCCAUUGUGCCCGAAGAUUCUCAGAUCGAUGGUCCCCCUGCCCCUGAGCGUCACCCUGAUCAUAUCGCGGCCGAAAUGCUGCUCUUCCACCUGCCUAAGAGCAAGGCAGCGGAACUAAAGAAACUCGCGAUGCCAACGUCGACGGACGGAUCUUGGAUCUCCACAUAUGACGCGUUCUCCGCCUUCAUAUGGCGCACUAUUUCUCGGCUUCGAGCCCCUGUCUUUAAACCAGAUCUAUCAGCUCCCUUAUUGUGGAUAGAAGCUGUUGACAUGCGGCGACGAAUGCACAGUCCCAAGGUGCCGGCACGGAUCCAGCGCAACGUUAUGACUGGAGCUCUCUCAUCUACUGCUUCAGUCACUGCACCUACAGCAGCGGAGGUCAUUUCCGAGUGGCCGCUAUCAAGGAUAGCCUCUUACGUCCGCCAGAUGACCGACAGUAUUACACAGGAGGCCAUAGACCAAAUGUUAGAUAUAGUAGCCACAGUGCGUGACAAGACAGCGCUGAACAUCCGCAUUGACGCGCACCCGCCCAUGUCGCUUCUCCAAACAGAUCAUCGCGAUGCCAAUAUCACAGGCGCCGAUUUUGGCUUUGCAAAGCCCUUGACGUACCGGCAUCUCAUCGACCGCUUGACUCAGGGCGUCCUCAUAAUCUACCCAUCGCGUGACCUGUCCCCUGAGUCGGACGAGGGCCCUGAAUUUUCGAUCUCUUAUGAGGCGAGCCUGAAGCAGGCCCUGAUUGAGGACCCAGAGUGGUGCAAGUAUUUCGAAUACCGCGGUGUCGAUGCCAUCGAUGCGCCCCAGUAA